AUGUCAAAACCAACUAUUGUUAUGGUCCCUGGUGCAUGGCAUAAGCCAUUCAUUUACUCCGAAGUUGCUGCAUCUCUUAGAAAUCACGGAUACCCCACCGUCAGCCUUGCCUUGCCAUCCGCCGGCGCCAUCCCAUCCCAUCAAGACUUCAGUGGCGAUGUAGCUAGUAUCCGAGCCUGCUUGACUGAGUUUGUCUCCGCUGGCAAAGAAGUUGUUCUGGUUGUUCACUCUUAUACAGGUCUUCCCGGAGGUGAAGCUCCCAAUGGGCUCUCUAAGAAAGAUCAAGAGGCCAAAGGGUUGAAAGGUGGUGUCGUUAGAUAUGUGGUUAUCAAUGGUUUUGCAAUGCCUCCCGGUUUCCAAGCAGUGGCUAAGGGUGAUUAUGCGAAAAUGCCCGAAUGGAUGAAACUUGAUAUUGAAAAUGAGGUUUGCACAGUCGAGCCCGAAGAUGCCAAGAGAAUCUUCUACAACGACAUUCCAUCCGAAAAGGCAGACAAGCUAAUUCCCGAACUACUUCCCCAAAGUCUCGGUGUAUACUUCAGUACAACGACUUACGCGGCCUGGCUGGACAUUCCCUCAACAUUCUUGUAUGGUGAGGCCGAUCAAAACUCUUUCACACCAGAGUUGGUGGAUAUGAUGAUUAAGGGCGCACAAUUGAUGAAUCCGAGCGCUUUUGAUGUUGUGGAACGUCUUAAGGGGGGUGGUCAUUGCCUUAUGAUCGGUCAUCCCGAAUGGACUGCUGAUGUUUUGAGAAGAGCUGCGGGAGAAAAGUUCUGA